UCGGAUCUGUUUGCAUUGUGCAAGCUGGGAGUUGUAGUCUAAUGCAUCGGGGGGGGGGGGGCACCAGGCCGGGGGACGGCAGCCUAGUGGUCUGAUGAAACCCUGCAAAAUGGAGAAUGAAGUCAGAAAUGCAGUUUAAUGCUUUUAUGUUGUCUGUGGUGUCUCUCUGGAGCCAGGAAACUGUUUAGGAAUGUCCUUUUCUCAUCUGACCUCACAGAAAAGUCUAAGAAGCAUUGUUUUUGGAACAGCUGGGGUCGCCUCCCAGCCCCCGAAAGGGGUCCCCAAAUAGUUGCCUUCAGCCGAAAAUUUCCAAAACCUUUCCCUAGAAUACCUCUUCUAUUCCGUGGUUCUCUUCCUUGCCCACCCACUGCUUUGCCAGCAUCUCAGAAAUGAAAGAGCACCAAGGACUUUUCCUUGCCAAUCAGACUUUGCCACAUGGUGAUGUCAUGAAGCUAACUCAGAGUGAGGGUUGGAAGCUUUGCCCUCACUCGGCAUGGGCUACACUCCAGUGUCAGGAAGGCUGAUCAGAUGGUGUCACAAGGCAAAUCAAACAUUUGUACCCUCACUUCCAGUUUUGUCCUAACUUACAGUCAUUCCCAGAAAAUAGUUGUGGAAGCUGCAAGUCAUGGUGGCGCUUUCCGUUUGGCUUUGCAAAAUGUUCUCCUUCACAUUCCAGCUCGCUUGUACGAAAUAGUUGGACGGAGGGAAAUUACUCAUUUGUGUUUAACGCAUGAGGAUUCUCAGUGCGCAACAAGAACAAGGUCACGCAGUAUCCAUCGUUUGCCGUGGUGUCUGUGUGAAUGUGCUUUUUGAAUCUCACAUAUUCCUUCUGCUUGGAGUUACUGAAGUAAAAAUAUGCCUUUUUACUGGGGGGACUUUGGGCCAGUCACGGACCUCCCUUGCAGGGUUGCUGUGAGGAUAAAAUGGAGAGGAGGAUAAACUUGUAUGCUGCUUUGGAUUCCUUGCCAGAGGAGGGAAGGCAGGGUAUAAAUGCAGUGUAAAGAGGGUGGGCUGGGUGUGUUCGGAGGCCGGUGGGAUGGAAGAGGCGUACGGUCGCUCCCAAUUUUUGCUUCUACACAUCAUAGGUUACUUGUGGGUCCCUUUGAUAAAACGUCCAGGAAUGGCUGAUAUAAUUCUCCGCAUACACUCCUAGGGUUGCGAUACUUAAACUUCUUUAGUUCUAGUGUGCUCACAAUACUGUUUUAAGACUGGAAUCAGUUCCUCCGUUUUUUGAAGGCAUUGCUUUCAGGAGUUAAAACCCAUCCAGGGUCAUGGAUGAUAAAACCCUCCAGGAACGGAAGCUGCAGGAGAGGAACUUCUCAAAGACCUGCCCAGCUGGCCUCUGUACCCAGGUGGCCACUCCCCUUUCCUGGCUCCACCCCCUUUCCUCUGCCCAGCAGUUUUUGGGUGGUUUCCCAGCCUUAGUGCCAGGUUUUCCCUUUCUGAAGGGCGCCAACGCUUCCACAGCGUUGUUAGUAAGAGCGUUAAGCUGAAAUGUGCGGGUGGGUGUGAAAUCCAGCCCUUCUGCGUUUGGUCCUCAAAGCGGCCCGUCUGCCACUGCUGUGCCAUUCAGAGAGGCAGGCGUGUCCCCCCCCCCAGCCAUCUUCUUGCCUCCUCUUCCAGGUGUCCUCUGUAUGUGCCUGCAUGACUGGGACGCGUCUUUGGUCUGUCCUGCGCUAGCACCGCUGGAGGCAUAACGUGGGUUCGUGCCCCGGACUGGGGACAGUCAGCCGGUGCCGGUGCCGCAACGGCUGAAUGACUGGCUGUCGGGGCGUCUGCUUCCACCCUUUCCUCCCGGCCCGUGGAAUCCAAUGUUUUCCUCCGCAGCUGAGACAGACAGAUGGGGAGCACGGUUUGACUGUCCCCCCUCUACUUCUGCGGCGGCCUCCCCGGCCAAUGCGACCGGUCGCAAGCGGAAAGCCAACUUCUCCAACGACGAGACAGAAACGCUGGUCUGGAACGUCGUCCGGCACUUCAGCGCCCUGUACGGGUCCGAGUCCUUCCGGGCUCACCCCAUCCGGCGGAAGCAGCUCUGGACGCAGAUCCAGAACAGGGUCAAUUUCCUCGGCUACACUGAGCGCUCCAUCGAUGACCUGAAGCACAAAUGGCGGGACUUGAGGCUGGACGUCAAGAAGAAGAUCACGGCCAAGAAGCCCCUCCCCGUGCAGCGGCCUGGGCCACCCCACAAGCCACGGCUCACACCUCUGGAGAAGAUGGUGGCCUCAACCUUCCUGCAGCCUACCCACGAUGCGGAGCCCGAAAUUGUCUUGGACCCAGAAAUCUUCUUCCCCGGCGCGUCAAAGCCGUCGUUCCUGGCCAUGAAGCCGGGCCCGAGCCAUGCCAGCAUUUACAUUGAUACGAACGGGCAGCCGUCCUCGUCGCCGGACAUGGAGGGCUCCCUGGAGCCACGUCGCACCGUCCAGAGCCCCGAGCCCUCCCUGCUCUGCGACUACAGCCGAGGCGAAGGGCAGAGCAGUUCAGCCGAUUCGGGACCAGAGCUGCGGACGCCGGAAAUGCCAGCCGUCUCCCCGCCGUUAAGGAACGAGUCCCUGGCGUCCGAGGAGGAGGAGGAGGAGGAGCAAGGAGGCCGGGAGCCGGACGGCCGGGGACUCGAGUGCCAGCUCUCUGCUGAGGAGGACACGAGGGGGCCCGGGCGGCACGCUGCGCUCAUGCGCCGAUGCGACUCGCACGGGUCGGCGACCUCCCUGCCGGAGGACGCCCUCGGCCACGCCGCGCCCCCGGGCAGAGUGCUGAACCCCGCUCGGCCGGAGGAGGACGAGGCGGCCAGCCAGCGUGCCGAGCUGGGCUGCCUGCCGCGGGGACUGAUGGGGCCCCUGUGGGAGAAGCAGGAGGAGCGGCAGUCCGGCUCCCCGCUCACCGCCGGGGCCCUCGCCGAGGAGUCCCCGCCGGCCUCCGCCUCGCCCCCGGCGGAGCCGGGCCCGCCCCCGCCGCCCCUGCCGCGGGGCACAGGGUGCUCCCGCCAGCGGGAGGGCGACCGUGACGCCUGGAGGACUAAUCUCCACCGCCUGAUGGACCUGGAGGACCAGUGGGGGCAGCUGUACCACCAGGAGCUGGCCAUGUGGCAGGUGGAGCGGGCCCAGCAGCGGGACGAGCGGGCCCGGGACAGGGAGCUGCAGCUGCGGCUGCUGUGCGUCCUCACCGACAUCCGGGACGAGCUGCGCCAGCUGCGGCAAGAGCGGGCCGCCAGCCGGCAGGAGCGCGCCAGCCGGCAGGAGCGGGCCUCGCAGACCGCCCCGCAGGCCGCGGAGACGCCGCCCGAGCCCACCCCGCUCUACUUCCCUCUCCAGACUGAUGGGGCCCUCGCCGGGUACCCCCCGGCCAGCGCUGGCCGGGGACAGCUGCCCGGGGCGGCCCGCGGCCCCCCCGGCGCCUUCCGCCGGGGAAGGGGCCGCCCCCGCGGCUCCUCCAGACACAGAAGGAUGUGCGUGGCCAGCAGCUAGGAGCUGGCACGGUGCUCCCGGAGGCCGAACGUGGGCGCAGGCGGUCGGACGGGGCCCCGGAUCCACGUGUGCGGUGCGGGAGGCCCCGCGAGAGGCUGCCUGCCCGUGUGUGUCUGCCUAGAGCUUACUGCGUGCUGUGUAAGAGCGGGGAUGUUUGGGAGCGUGAGGGUUUGGGACCUGGGACGGGGGGUGAGUGAUCGAGCGCUAAUCCUUGGCCUGGUGCCGCGGGGAACGGCUGCAGCAAAGCCACCGAGUUGCCCAGCCUCCCUGCAGGACGUUCCUCCCGUGACGUUGCUUUCUUGUGUGCAUCCCAAGGGUUUUGUUUGUGGGUGGGGACCACCCCUCAGGUCCUGCCUGGGUUAGUGCUCGGGGCCGGUUCGUGCCAUCCAGGUCUGCCGUCGUCGCGCGGCUGGCAAAAGCGCAAGGUGGCAGAGCCGCGGGAAACGCUUGUGUCGAUGUGGAAAUGUGUGUGUGUGUUCUGGUACAUGCAAGGAGGGUGGCUGCCUGGCGGGCAGGGGGCAUGGAGCCGCUCUUGCUUGCUGUCAUUCGAGCAUUUUCUGCAACUCGUUCGGUGGACUAAUUUGCAUAUAUCUCCAUAAAGUGUUUUUAAAAACCAA